CAUGAUACGAUUGAUUAACUUUCGUAUUUUCAUUAAGUACCGACGUAAUAGUUGGCAGUCAGGCAAUAGUCCUUAUUCUUGAACAAAAAAUAAACAGCUUGAACUUGUCAAUACUAAAUGAGACGCUAGGACAACGAAAGAGUCAAAUAUAACUGAGAUAAUUACAACCUUGAAUUUAUCAUCAGUUGUUACGCAAUCACAUGAGAGUCAUGAACGAUAAUUUAGCGGUUCUCACCCCCUAAAAAGCGACAUUUACAGGCUUUGGCCGCAGUUUCUGUAGGAGUAACGAAAUAGAAAAAAAACAAAAAAGCUUGACAUAAGAAAGGAUGAAUUCCAUCUAAGUGCAUAGCAAAAAUGAAACAUAAAACAUAUCCGCCAAUCGCGGAGGGUUUCUCAAACAACAAUACUGUUUUCGUCUUCGAGAACACCCAUGGCAAUGGACCAGCCUGUCAACAAGUAGGACUCUAUGGCUACAAUGCAUCCAUUACAUUCACAGCCAAAUGCACAAACGAUGGAGCCUUUUCAUAUCUUGUGUACGAUAUGUUUGGUGUGGAUUACACAAGCAAUAUUACAACUGACAGGGGUACAUCCACCGGCUUUGGCGAAUUUGUGGUUCUUAACAACAGCUAUGGACGUAUAUAUUCCAAUGGAAUUUACAGUCCAACGUUGAAUGAUUCGCUUACAAAAUGGACUGUUAAUUUACCCGGUGCGGGAAAUUAUUGCACAAAUAUAAUGCCGUUGAGAUACAAAGAAGAUUAUAUUGACUGUGAUGUUAAAAUUCGAUUCGACGGAGUAACGCCUCCCGAAAAUACAUUAUCUUCUGCUUUUCGUGUUACUCCUCUGUUGCUUCCUGUAGUUGUUUCCGUGUUUUUAACUGUUUUAUUUGCCUACUAAACUAUGACCAUGCAAGAACAUUAACCUGUACAUAAACAAAUAUUCUGAUAGC